CCUUUCCUGGCCGGUGACCCUUCUCCAUAUUAAAAAUAAAAAUGCAUUGCACAUUUUUAAAGAAAGGCUUCGAGGGAACAGCUUAGGGUAGCCUAAACCCUGUUUCCUUUACCUGUUAGAUUUCUCUGUGCAGGGACUUUUUGUGCUGACUUGUACGGAGAAACAUCCCAUAAAGAUAUGAGAGAAUUGAAUUCUGCUGCUUCCUAAGUGUGCUUUAACUCCAAUUUCAUGACCUAUACAUGUUUUGCAUUUUUAUUUUUGCUAUGGAGAAGGGUCACAGGCCAGGAAGUGACUUCCCGCCUUCCCUCGCUCUCCGUGCGAAGCAGCCGAGGAGCUUCGGCCACUUUAAGGGUUAACAAACAAGGACUGAGCGGAAGGAAAGAGUGCAACCGAGGGACGUCCCCUUCCCGCCUCGCCUCUCUGAGAAAUGCAAGAUGGAAGCGCAGAGCGCCUCUUCGUGCGCAAUGAUGCUGGCAAGCGGGGUUGCGCGGGGAGAGCCUCGAAAGGAAGAAUCGGAGCUCAAUUCCUGUUUGGAAGAUGGAGAGGAUCUUCUUCUUCAGGUUCCCAAAGAGGAGGAGACCUCAGCAGAACGAGACCUCGCUUUCUGUAAGGAAGAAGAAGAAAGUCUGUUUAUCCAGGUCCGCAAAGAAGAGGAGGAGGAGACCUCAGCAGAGCUAGGCCUCAUUUCCUGUUGGGAAGGAGAAGAAGAUCCACUUAUCCAGGGUCUCAAAGAAGAGGAGGCGGAGACAUCAGCAGAACCAGACCUCCUUUCCUGUUGGGAAGAAGGAGAAGAUCUGGUGACGCAGGAACCCAAAGAAGAGGAGGAGACCUCAGCAGGAUACAUCUGGGGGUCCAAGGCUGAGGGAGAACCAUCUGAAGUAUCACUGGAAAAAUCUGAGGAGCAGGUGCAGGAGCAGAAACUGAGGAGUGAAGAUGGAGCAAAGAGACAAGAGGAGAGAGAGACUCCCACAGGGGACAAACCUUAUAAAUGCUUGGAGUGUGGAAAGACCUUCAGGUGGAGUAGCCACUUUACUUUGCAUCAAAAUAUUCACACAGGGUACAAACCUUAUAAAUGCUUGGAGUGUGGAAAAAGCUUCAGUUGCAGUAGCCACCUUACUUCACAUCAAAGAACUCACACAGAAGACAAACCUUAUAAAUGCUUCGAGUGUGGAAAGAGCUUCAGGGAGAGAUGCGCCCUUAAGGUGCAUCAAAGAAUUCACACAGGGGACAAACCUUAUAAAUGCUUUGAGUGUAGAAAGAGCUUCAGUGACAAUAGCAACCUUACCUCACAUCAAAGAAGUCACACAGGGGAUAAACCUUAUAAAUGCUUUGAGUGUGGAAAGAGCUUCAGUCAGAGUAGCAACCUUACUUCACAUCAAAGAUGUCACACAGGGGACAAACCUUAUAAAUGCUUCCAGUGUGGAAAGAGCUUCAGUCGGAGUAGCAACCUUACUUUGCAUCAAAGAAGUCACACAGGGGACAACCCUUAUAAAUGCUUGGAGUGUGGAAAGAGCUUUAGUCAGAGUAGCAGCCUUAUUUCGCAUCAAAGUUGUCACACAGGGGAUAAACCUUAUAAAUGCUUUGAGUGUGGAAAGAGCUUCAUUCGGAGUAGCCACCUUACUUCACAUCACAGAACUCAUACAGGGGACAAACCUUAUAAAUGCUUGGAGUGUGGAAAGACCUUCAGUCAGAGUAGCAGCCUUACUUCGCAUCAAAAAUGUCACACAGGGGAUAAACCUUAUAAAUGCUUUGAGUGUGGAAAGAGCUUCAGUCUGAGUAGCCACCUUACUUCACAUCACAGAACUCAUACAGGGGACAAACCUUAUAAAUGCUUGGAGUGUGGAAAGAGCUUUAGUCAGAGUAGCCACCUUACUUCGCAUCAAACAAUUCACACAGGGGACAAACCUUAUAAAUGCUUUGAGUGUGGAAAGAGCUUCAGGUGGAGUACGGACUUUACUCGACAUGAAAGAACUCACACAGGGGACAAACCUUAUCAGUGCUUGGAGUGUGGAAAGAGCUUCAGUCAGAGUAGCAACCUUACUAAGCAUCAAAGAACUCACAAAGGAGACAAACCUUAUAAAUGCUUUGAGUGUGGAAAAAGCUUCAGGUGUAGUAGCACCCUUACGGUGCAUCAAAGAAGUCACACAGGGGACAAACCUUAUCAGUGCUUAGAGUGUGGAAAGAGCUUUAGUCAGAGUAGUUACGUUACUUCGCAUCAAAGAAGUCACAGAGGAAACAAACCUUAUAAAUGCUUGGAGUGUGGAAAGACCUUCAGUAACAAUAGCAAUCUUACUUCGCAUCAAAGAAGUCACACAGGGGACAAACCUUAUAAAUGCUUCGAGUGUGGAAAGACAUUCAGGUCAAGUAGCACCCUUACGGUGCAUCAAAGAAUUCACACAGGGGACAGACCUUAUAAAUGUUUAGAGUGUGGAAAGAGCUUCAGUCGGAGUGGCCACCUUACUUUGCAUCAAAGAACUCACACAGGGAACAAACCUUAUACAUGCUUGUAGUGUUGAGAGACUUUUCGUCAGAAUGGCUAACUUCAGGCACAUCAAAGGAUCCAUUCAAGGGAAAAGAUUUAUCAAUGCUUUGAAUGUGGAAAAAGCUUUAAGCAGAGUUCAACUCUUUCUGUGCAUCAAAGGAUUGUGGAAGGAAAUUUUUUGCAAUUUAUUGUGCUCCAAAGGACAGAGUUUAUUGAGAGAGAGAGAUAGCAAAGACCAAUGCAUGGGGAGAGAGGUCACCAAAUACCAAUUCUACCCAAAAUAUGCCAAAUGUCAAUGUACUGCCUUCAAGUCGAUUCUGACUUAUGGCGACCCUAUGAACAGGGUUUUCAUGAGGCUGAGAGGCAGUGACUGGCACAAGGUCACCCAGUGAGCUUCAUGGCUAUGUGGGGAUUUGAACCCUGUUCUCCCAGGUCGCAGUCCAACACCUUAACCACUACGCCACACUGGCUCUCUAAAAUAUGCCAAGCAGAGCUUUAAAAGGGGAUUACACGUCAUACAUUUGUCACUUUCAAAGGCAUAUAUUAAAUUCCAUACAAAGUAAAAUCAUACACCUUCUGGGUGGUUCUUUACCACAUUUUGACCCUGCCUACCCAUGUGCCAGCUACAGAAAGUACCUAACAUCCCCGUGACCUGAUAUUUCUUCUCAAAACCCAAUCUUAAAGACAGUCUUCCUCUGUAAAAUUCUCUCAUUGUGACUUCCCCUUUUCCCAUCUCUUUGCUGCAUUUCAAAGCUGCUUUCACUUUUACGUUGUAAAUAUAAUAAAACAGGAGCUUUUAGAUCCUGAGCUCUGAAAAGUUACAUUUUCUGCUCUCAGUCCCCCCGUUUGAAACUUAGUUCCAACCAGGGGUUAUAACUUACCAGAGGUGCAGAAAUAUGCCUCAUUAGCAGGGCAGUGGCCUGACCUUUUGGCCAAUUUAUCAGUGGGUUUCUUAAACCGCUCCUCGUUCUCGACUUCGUGAACUUAGUGCUAUAUGGUUGAAUGUGGUACCCAAAAGUGUGAGGCCAUGGACAAGCUCAUGGUGUUCUUGUCUACUGCCUCAACAGCACAUUCUAAUGCAAACUGACUAUAAUUUCUUUUGAUGGGGGAGGUUUUAUUAGACUAAGGCCAAAUUAAUUAACCUCGGGCAUAUCUAUAACUUCAGAGCAAAACGCAAGUUCUUAGUAAACAUUGCAGGUUAUAUACCCUCUUCCAUUCGGAUCGUCGGGUCAUUAACCCUUACCCAAACCAAACAACAUAGACUUUACUCUUGCAACUUCAAAGGAUUACAACAUUUCAGAGUCCAAAUCUUCUCAAUCUUGGAAUCUUCCCUUUCCAAGGCUACCCCCUGCUCCACACGACUGGAAACCACAAGGAUUGUUAGUCCCUCGAGGAAAAUUCCUUUCGCUGCUUUUCAAUGUUCUUGGUGAUUCAAAGAACAACAGAUUAUGGGACCCUGGGAGGCCUAACCCCAGAGACUGGCCCGUGAUUCUGCGUACAGCCAGAUUUGCAUUUUAGGAUUUAUUAUGACCCUUUUAUUGUUGGCGAGGACAACGCUUUGUCUGUAGAGCUCCUGUGCUCCCAUGUGCAGGUCCUGAGGGUCUUAAUCCUUGGUCUCAGGGAUUGGCUUUGUUGCCUGGUCACAAUCAAAGAUGAGCUCUCAGACAACGAAUCUCUGUAGCUGGCCACACAGACCCCCUUGGAUGAAGAACGGGGAGACCUUGCAGUCCGCUGGAAGGAAUGGGCAUCCGACAGCUCUCAUCUCAGGCUUGCAUCUAGACGUGGACGGCUUUACUCUUGGAAGAGGUGUGGGCAGCUUGCAUCUCAAUGAAGUGAAAUGGAUGCACAAAGCGAAGGCAAAUGUGAAGAAAGGCCUUUACAGGAAAAUUGCAGCAUGCAGCUUACUGGGUACUGUAAGUGGUCUACAGGCUGAAUGUCUUUAACGAAAGAAUCUCCCCCCCCCUUAAUAACGUCAUAGGAGAGGGGAGACAACAUUGGUUAAUAUUUUCUUAGGAGCAUGGUCCAAAUAGAAGUUCUUACCUUAUUUGCAGGAAUUUUUCAAACCUGUGAAUGGGCAGUCUCAUCUUCCAAUGUCCUCCUUAAGCAUCUCUAAAGGCACAAAACAUAGCAACCCUGAAGAAGCAUAAUGCCAAAUAACUCACCCCAGAGACAUAAAAGGUAUGACACAGAGGUUGAGUUUUGAUCACACAAGGGAUGUAACAAGUACCCAGUUUUUAGUGGCUUUCCUUCCUUAUAAGCUUGACAAAUUUCACAAACCCUUAAAUAUUGUAUGGCCACAACGGCAAAUUUGGAAAGAAACCAAUACCUAGUUAUUGGUUCUAUAUUUAAAUGAGACAAGCCAGAACGGUUCAUUAUUCCCUUUUUGGUAUAAGGCCUAAUUCUAAAAUUUUAGUCAAAUUCUCUUUGUCAGCCACUGGCCACUGAGCAAACCAUUCAAACCAGGAUGCUAAGGAAAAAUGAACAGUUGCUCCUGUCUCUGUAGCUACAUUAACCCUAUUUUAAUAAUUUGUCUUUUUCACAGUCCAUGGUAUAUGCGAUGCUCUCCACCAAUGCCACAUAUCAAAUGAGUUGAUUUUUUUCUUAUCCGCUUUUUUCACUGUCCAACUUUCACAUCCAUACAUAGAGAUCAGGAAUACCAUGGUCUGAAUGAUUCUGACUUUAGUGUUCAGUGAUGCAUCUUUGCAUUUGAGGACCUUUUCUAGUUCUCUCACAGCUGCCCUCCGCAGUCCUAGCCUUCUUCUGAUUUCUUGACCGUUGUCUCCAUUUUGGUUAAUGACUGUGCCGAGGUAUUGAUAAUCCUUGACAAGUUCAAUGUCCUCAUUGUCAAACUUUAAAGUUACAUAAAUCUUCUAGUUUCUUCAUGGGCUGGACUGGAUCUUUUAUUUUAUCAGGGUGGGAGGGAGAGGAGAUUCUUGGUGACAAACUGCCCCAAGAAUGGACUGGGAUAGAGUGAGCCUUUUAAGCUUAUUUUUAUUUAUUUACAGUAUCUGAAAAUUUGCUGUGUGUGUAUGCAAGAUAAUUAACUCCCAUUAGCUAAAACAAAAAAACUUAGCAGUACUUUGAAGAGGACCAGAUAAUUAUUUUCUUUCUGAUCCCAGGACAGUGUCUUUCAGGGUGCGGGGUACUGGGCCUGGGGUGGGGAGAGAUCAGGAAAGCAGCUGAUGAAAUGGAAAUGGACUGCCUUCAAGUCAGUCCCAACUUAUGGCUACCCUACGAAUAGGGUUUCCAUGGCAAGCGGUAUUCAGAGGUGGUUUACCAUUGCUAUCCUCUGAGGCUGAGAGGCAGUGACUGGCCCAAGGUCACCCAGUGAGCUUCAUGGCUGGGUGGGGAUUUGAACCCAGGUCAUCGUCCAACACUCUAUCCACUACACCACACUGGCUCUCUGUCCUGGAAGGUUAGAGUGAGAAAAUCAAUUAUACUGUAUUUAUUAUAUGUGGAGGGAAGGCCUAUAGCUCUGCUUUGCAUGCAGAUUCCAGAUCCAAUGCCCGAGAGCUGAAUCAGGUGUACAGCAGCUUCUUACGUUUUUUCCUUAGCAAAUUCCUUCACAUGACCUAAUUCUCUUUCGAUAUAUCAAAAAGGGUCUCCAGCUGGCCACCGGUGCUAUGGGAAGCAGGUAGAUCAGGAUCUCUUGGUAGAUUCCUGGGUGAUCUGCAGUAGAUCAUUAAAGAUUUCUGAAUCCCGGUUCUUCUACAAUAGCAACAACCAGGUGAGCUUCUACCCCACCGGCUAAAUUAGGGGUGGAAUUUUGUGUGGAUCGGCCUGGUCUUCUGAUGUUUCUAUGGUGUCCCAACCUCUCCAGCCAUUAUUUUGAACCUGGCUGUGUUGGGGAACCUUGGGGUUCUAGUAAAAAGCACAGCACAUUCUACAAGCCUGAAGUCUGCCCGUUCCUGGGUUUUUAUUUAUUUGUUAGAUUACUAACCAUAAGGUCCCACGGCAAGUUGCAACAACAUAAUCAUAUAAAAUGACAGAAACAACUGAAAACAGGUUGUACAACUAUGGAAACGUAAAACAGAGCAGCCUAGGUUAGGUUAAACAAAACAGAAGAGUUGGGUCUCAAUUCCUACUUUGGCUCAGUCUUCUCGACUUCUGCAAAGCUUUUGACAAAGUGCCGCAUAAUAUUCUGAUUAGCAAGCUAGCUAAAUGGGGCUGGAUGGAACAGCUAUCAGGUGAAUCCACAGUUGGCUACAGAAUUGUACUCAAAGAGUGCUUAUCAAUUACUGCAGGGCUCGGUCCUGGGCCCAGUGCUCUUCCACACUGUGGAUUAAUGACAUGGAUGAGGAGGUACAGGGAAUGCUUAUCAAAUUUGCAGAUGGUACAAAGUUGGGAUGGAAAGGCAAUACCUUGGAAAACAAAUGAAAUUCAAAGGGACCUUGAAGGGCUGGAGCAUUGGGCUGAAAACAACAGAAUGACGUUCAACAGGGAUAAAUGCAAAGUUCUACACUUAGGAAAAAGAAACCAAAUGCACAGAUAAGAUGGGGGAUACUUGGCUCAGCAAUACUACAUGCAAGAAGGACCAUGGGAUUGUUGUUGAUCACAAACUGAAUAUUAGCUAAACGUGCUAUGUGGCUGCAAAAAAAGGCUAACGGUAUUUUAGUCAUUUUUAGUUUCCAAAUUGCGGGAAGUACUGGUACUUGAAGAGUGCUAUCAUAUUUCUCCUCAGUGUUCUCUUCUCCAGGCUUAACGUGCCCAGUUCUUUCAGUCUCUCCUCAUAGGGCUUUGCUUCCAGUCCCCUGAUCAUCUUUGUUGCCCUCCUCUGAACCAGGUCCAGUUUGUCUGCAUCCUGUUUGAUCUGACUAGGGUGAUGCAUGCCUUGAUUACAUCCCGCUUAGACUACUGUAACGCGCUGUACGUGGGGCUGUCUUUGAAGACUGUUCAGAAACUUAAAUUGGUACAAAGAGCUGCAGCCAGAGUGCUAACGGGGCUGGUUACAGGGAUCAUACAACCCCCCUGUUACAACAGCUCCACUGGCUGCCAAUUUGUUUCUGGUCACAAUUCAAAGGCUAUGGAACUCCCUUCCGAGUGACGUGCGAUUAGCUCUCUCCUUGCCGUCUUUGCGCAACAAGUAAAGGCUGUUUUAUUUCAACGGGCAUUUGGGAUCGAGAACGACUAGGAUUAAGUGUCCUAGGAUUGGUGACUACAUUAUAUGGUCUUAUUAUUUUAAAUUGUCUGCUGUUUUUAAUGUAUGUUUUAUGGUUUUAAUUUUUCUCAUAGUUUAAUUCUUUUUUAAUUGUAUACUUCUGUAUGUUUUAAUGGUGUUGUUUUUAGUUGUAAGCCGCUCUGAGUCCUAUUGGGAAAAGGGCGGGGUAGAAAUAAAGUUUAUUAUUACUAUUAUUAUUAUCCCUCUUGAAGUGGGGAGACCAGAACUGGACAUAGUAUUCAAGAUGAGACCUAACCAGUGCUGAAUAGAGGGGAACUAGUACUUCACGUGAUUUCUGUUAAUGCAGCCUAAUAUACCAUUUGCCUUUUUUGCAGUAUA